AUGGCGAGUCCUGCAAAGGAUAACUACAGAAUGAAGAGCUACAAGAACAAAGCCCUAAAUCCUGAGGAAAUGCGUCGGAGGAGAGAAGAGGAAGGGAUUCAGCUGCGCAAACAGAAGCGAGAGCAACAGCUCUUUAAAAGAAGAAAUGUGGAGUUGAUCAAUGAAGAUGCCUCCAUGUUUGAUAAUCUCCUUGUGGACUCCUAUGUUAGCUCCACAACGUGUGGGGAGGGAGUGAUCACAAGAGAGAUGGUAGAGAUGCUUUUCUCUGAUGACCCUGAUCUACAGCUAGCAACCACUCAGAAGUUCAGGAAGUUACUCUCUAAAGAGCCAAAUCCUCCCAUAGAUGAAGUGAUAAACACUCACGGAGUUGUGGACAGAUUUGUUGAAUUCCUGAAAAGGAGUGAAAAUUGCACACUACAGUUUGAAGCAGCGUGGGCACUGACGAAUAUUGCAUCAGGAACUUCCCAACAAACAAAAAUAGUGAUUGAGGCUGGGGCAGUUCCUAUAUUUAUAGAGCUCUUAAACUCUGACUUUGAGGAUGUUCAAGAACAGGCUGUCUGGGCAUUGGGGAACAUUGCUGGAGACAGCUCUGUGUGUAGAGAUUAUGUCCUUAACUGCGCUAUUCUUCCUCCCUUAUUAAUGCUCCUUACGAAGUCCACCAGGCUGACAAUGACACGAAAUGCUGUUUGGGCCCUGUCAAACUUGUGCAGAGGAAAGAGUCCACCACCUGAAUUUGAUAAGGUGUCUCCCUGCCUGCCAGUGUUGUCCAGAUUGCUGUUCAACAGUGACUCUGACCUGCUGGCAGAUGCGUGCUGGGCUCUUUCCUACUUAUCAGAUGGUCCCAAUGAGAAGAUUCAAGCAGUUAUUGACUCGGGAGUGUGCCGGCGACUGGUGGAGCUGUUGAUGCACAAUGACUACAAGGUGGCCUCCCCAGCCUUGAGAGCAGUGGGCAACAUCGUGACAGGGGAUGACAUCCAGACCCAGGUGAUUCUGAACUGUUCAGCCCUGCCCUGCCUCCUUCACUUACUAAGCAGUCCCAAGGAGUCGAUCAGGAAAGAGGCCUGUUGGACUAUAUCUAACAUCACAGCAGGGAACAGAGCACAAAUACAGGCAGUCAUAGAUGCAAACAUUUUCCCAGUCCUGAUAGAAAUCUUGCAGAAAGCAGAAUUCCGCACGAGGAAGGAGGCAGCGUGGGCUAUCACAAAUGCAACGUCAGGAGGAACUCCUGAGCAGAUCAGAUACUUGGUAAACUUGGGUUGUAUCAAGCCUCUUUGUGACCUGCUGACUGUCAUGGACUGCAAGAUUGUUCAGGUGGCCUUGAAUGGCCUGGAGAACAUCCUGAGGCUUGGAGAGCAGGAAGCCAACCAGAGUGGGACAGGCAUCAACCCCUACUGCAGCCUGAUCGAGGAGGCCUAUGGUUUGGAUAAAAUAGAAUUCCUACAGAGCCAUGAGAACCAAGAGAUCUACCAGAAGGCCUUUGACCUGAUUGAGCACUACUUUGGCGUAGAGGAUGACUCUGCUCUAGCUCCCCAGGUAGAUGAGAACCAGCAGCAAUUCAUCUUCCAGCAACCUGAAGCCCCCAUGGAAGGUUUCCAGCUAUAAUGUGCCCAAGGUGGAAAAAAACACCACCACAAACUUUCCAGAAAGCAACUGGGAGCAGCUGAUGGUCCCAUCCCCUCCUUGAAAUGGAAGGCUGAACACCCACUCCACCUGUUAGGAAACAAUUCUUCCUUCAAACAACUAGAACCAGUGCUUUGUCCUCAGAGAGAAGGGGAAGUUCUUACACUUGUUUUCUUUUUGCUGCUGCAUAUGUGUCUUUUGAAGCAGGCAUCUGGGUGGAGGAAAGACACAGAGGUAACAGAUUGCACCUCCUGGGUUUAUUUUCUUUGUGGUGAUCUCUCCCAAAUGUCACUUCUUACCUCGGGUACUUAAUUGAGAUUUCAGCGUUGGGUUGGGUAAGAACACAGAGAGCAGGUAAGCAUUCUGACAACAGUAAUUCUGGAAACCUGGGUUGAUCUAUUUAAUUUUUUUUUUUUUUUGCACAUGUUACUCUUUAUUAAAGACUCUAAUUUGCCAAGAGCAAAGUUUAGCCCUGGCCUUUCUGCGACCCUCCUUCAGCGGACAGUCCUGUUGAACCUGGGCCGAGUUCCCCUGAAGCAUACUGUAAAUGGACAGAGAAAGGGGG